ACGAAAGCUUUUACCUUUUUCUGAAAAAGCGAAUUCUAUAUUGAACAUGCCCCCCCAUAAUUGGUCGGUUGAAGAAGUCUGUAAUUGGGUUCGAACAUUACAGGUGCAAGAAAAUGUUGUGGAUCGGUUUAAAGAAAAUAAAAUUGAUGGUGCAAAAUUAAUGAAUAAUUAUAUUGACGAUAAUCUUUUGAGAAAUAAAAUGAAAAUUUCCAAUUGGAACGAACGAUUCAACGUAUUGCAAUCGAUCUCGUUCUUGAAUAAAGAAGAUGAACAAACCAUUGUUCCGUUAGUUUUUCCCAAAUUAGAGACACCUACAUUUUCACUAUUGCAGGUCGGGCAUCAAGUAUCUACUGUGAAUGCUACCGAAAAUAGCAGAGAAAUUAUGGAAGCAGAUAAUGUAGGUGAUGAUGAUAAUGACGAUGAAGGAACUGACAUUAUUUCGAGCAGUGAAGAUAGCAAUUAUUUUGCCGAAAAAACAAUUCCUGAACAAGAAAUAACGCGAAUCAUUAAAAGGAGAAAAAAAUACGGAUACCUAAAAAAAUGGAUGUAUAUGGAAAAUGAUGAAUUGUUACCGGUUUAUGGAGAGAGUGACGAGGAACAAAACUAUAUCCCAAGUGAUCUUGAAAGAGAUAUGAUGGAGGAAGAGUUACAAUUAAAUGGCAAAAAAUCUCUUUUCGUCAUAAAAUCUGUUGAUGGAGAUCAAAUGGAUAUUGAUAAUUUUGAUGAAAAAGAAACUAAAGUUGAUAAUACUCAGGAAUUAAUAAAACAAUAUAUCAAUGAGGUGAAACAAAAUUGGGAAUUGACAAAACGUCCUAAACUUGAGGAAAAAGUAUGGAGGAAUUGGAUUAAAUUAUUUCCACCAAGAAAACACGUCAAUCCUCAAGAACGACUUCCUCAAUUGAUUGAACAAAUAAAAUCAAAUUUUUCGGCAAAAUCUCAACUUAGCAAGAGCGCUAGACGACAAUGUGGAAUACUAGAUAUUACGCUUCACGAAAUUUUCGAGAUCGAAUGGAAAAUUUCGCUCAUUAAGAAUGGUAAAAUUCCACAGAAACCCCCGAAGAAACCAAAAAAAGAUAAGCAAAGGGAAAAGACUGCGUCUGAUAACGGCGAGAAAAAUUCAGAUGAUGAUAGUUACGAUUCAGACUUCAUAGACGAUUCUGAAGUCACGUAUACAGCAGAAGAAUUGGCUGAAUUUGCACGCGUCGGAAUAGAAAUUCAACCUAUAAUUGAGAAGGAAUUACCUACUAUAGAAAACCAUUAUAAUUCUGAAACAACAAUAGCAUCAUCAAAGACUUCUCCCAAGAAAUCUUCAGAACCUUUUGCCGGUAAAGAAAUUAUUGUGAUAAAUAGCGAUUCAGACAUGGAUAUAAGUAGUGCAAAUGAUGAAAAGGAGAUUGUCGCUCAUGAAGAGAAAAAAUGCGAGAUAAGUAAUGCUUCAAAUGGUAAUAAUUCUAAAAAAGAAAGUGGCGAAAUUGAUGAAAUAUCUCAAAAAGACCCUAUAGCACAGGAGCGGCAAAAAAUUCAUUGGAAAGUGAGCGAAUAUUUCUUAAAUUACGGAAUAGAUGAGUUGAAAGAAAAAUGGUCUACUGCUUUAGAGCUCAUGAAAUGCGAUGAGGCGAAGUUACGUCAAGAACAACUCGAGAUGGUUCAAAUAAUUGAUGAACAUAAUAGAUUCAGAUCCUACAUGCAUUGGAUGACCACUAAAGGGAAUACCGAAGAUACGGAUCAAAAUUUUAAAGAAUUCGAAGACGAAUUUCCUGGGGUGCAUAUUCCGGAGUGUGAAUCUUGGAAAGAAUAUUAUAAUUGGAGAAAGUCACUUGCGUCUAGUGAACGGAAAUUGAGACAAAAUAAAAAGGAAAUACCUGAAAAUGAUGUGCACGAACCUUCAGCCAUUGAAAAUUUCGAAGAGGAAUUUGAAAACGUUAAAAAUUACAUUGGAGAUUCCGAUUGUGAUGAUGAACCAUUAGCGGUUCCCGGACGCAAGAAAAAAUCCAAGCCCAAGAUAAGGCCAAGGGAAACUGCUGAUGUUAUAGAGCAGCGUAAAGCUCGUAUGUUACUUGAAAACGAUUAUCAAAGACGUUACGAGAAACAAGAGGAAGAUACAAGACAUGAAAAAGGAGUCAUAAUAAAUCUCGGUCAUCGAGAUGAUGAUGAACAUAUUUACAUCCACGAACAUUUAGCCACUAAGUUGAAAGAACAUCAAAAAGAAGGUGUUAGAUUUCUUUGGAAAAAUAUAAUAAUGUUUGAUAAAGGAUGCGUUCUUGCUCAUUCCAUGGGUCUUGGAAAUAGAAAAGAAAACCAAUCUCCACGUAUUUCCCGAUCAGUUGCAUCGAUUGAUUCAGAUAAAUGUAAAUCAUGCCCUGUCUUUAAAUUAGGAGAUUCAUAUAGAUAUUCGGCGCAACGUUUUGACUUAUUGGAAAAAUGGAAAAAUGGAGGAAUUCUUAUAAUGGGAUAUGAAAUGUAUCGUUAUCUUGUAACAGCUGAUGCCCAAUGUGAACAAUAUUCGCAUUAUCUAUUGAAUCCUGGACCAUCUCUUGUGGUUGCAGAUGAAGGACAUAUGCUCAAGAAUAAAGAGCGAAUACUUCCUGAGGUUCUUAAAGGUCUCAAAACCCCAAGUCGCAUAAUUCUGACUGGCUCUCCGUUGCAAAAUAAUUUAGAAGAAUAUUGGUGUACUAUAAACUUUGUAUGCCCUAAUUAUCUUGGUAAAUUAGAAGACUUUAAAAGAGUCUAUAUCGAACCGAUAGAAGCAGGAUUAUAUACACACUCUGGUCUAUCUGAUGUUAAAAGAUCGAGAAGAAUGUUAUUAGUGCUGAGCAAAAUUAUUGAAGAUAUAGUACACAGGUGCAAUAACUCAAUUCUUGAGAAAGAACUUAAACCUAAAUACGAAUUUUGCAUAGCGUGUAGAAUGGGUGAACAGCAACUUGAGAUAUAUAAGUCUCUCGUCGAUUCUGUUCGAAGUGAAGGAGGAUCUCCUAUUCGUUAUACUCACCUAUUAAGUGUUUUGUGUAACCAUCCCGCGAUUUUAUUGGCGAGUUUGCAGAAAAAGAAAUCAAAUAAAGACAGCAAGGAACCCGCGGAAUCUAAAGAGAAUAAAGAAAAUAAAGAAUCCAAGGAAACUCAAGAAAGCAAUUAUAUCGAUUUAACCAAUGAAAGUGAUGAUUGUAUUAAUGAAUCGCGACCUGUAUCGAACUCCGUUCACACUUUUAUUCUGAACAUGGAGAAUUUCAUAUCUGGGAUGGAUUUUUCUGCAUCUGGAAAAAUGGUUUUACUGGCACAAAUUUUGAAAGAAUGCGAGAAAAUUCAAGAUAAGGUUCUCAUAUUUUCAAAGAGCAUUCCAACAAUGAAUUACAUAGAAAAACUUCUUAUUCGAUGGAAAAGUUCACCACGUUUCCUAAUUCGUAUUGAUGGAGAUACUUUAAUAUCUGAUCGUCAAAGUCGUAUUGAUAAAUUUAAUAAUUCUCAAGAAUGGCGUGUGGCAUUAAUUUCUAUGAGGACGGGAGCUCUUGGCGUAAACUUGAUUGGGGCAAAUAGAGUAGUUUUAUUUGAUGGUGAAUGGAAUCCAAGUUUUGCCGAACAAGCUAUAGGACGCACUUAUCGGUAUGGUCAGAAAAAACAAGUUUAUGUCUAUAGAUUUGUGACUUAUGGAACUUUCGAAGAGAAAUUAUUUGUGCAGAACAUUCAUAAGAUGGGAUUGUCAAUGCGAGUUUUAGAUCAAAGGAAUCUUACCAAGAUACAUUCAAAGUCUGAAAUUAAUGCCCAUUAUUUCUCAGUGCCUUUGCCAGAUGCUGAAUGCAAACUUCCAUCGAUAUUGAAUUUUAAUGAUAAAUUAUUGGAGAGCGUUGCAGAUCGUCAUCGCAAACAUAUAUUAGAAAUUCAUCCUAUGAAAUCAUAUUUUAACGAUGAUUUUAAUGAACCAGACGAAGAUGAUAAACUUCAAUACGAGGACGCAUUGAAAAAUGAGAAGGAAAGAUUGAAGCAUUGA